AUGGUAGUUUUCCCCAAGCCUCUCGUGGCCAUAGCCGCGGUUUUGUGUAGCGGGAACGGCGUGUGCUUCAGCGUAGGCGUGCCGUCCUCCUCAGCCUCGGCGGGGUCUGGCAACAUCUAUUUCCAGAUCACGGCGCCAACGUCGGCUCAAUGGGUCGCGAUGGGCCCUGGGACGGACAUGGCCGACUCAUAUAUGUUCAUCAUGUACGAGGACGGCAAGGGCAACGUGACCCUCUCCCCUCGACAAGGCACUCGCCACGUGCCCCCGAGACUGGACACCAGCGCCUCGGCCGCCAAGUUGACUCUUCUUGCCGGCAGUGGCGUCAGCAGCGACGGCCGAACCAUGACCGCCAAUGUGGCCUGUGCCAACUGCGAGUCCUUGGCCGGAGGCGGCAAGUUGUCUAUCACCGACACCAAGAGCAACUGGAUCGCCGCAUGGAAGUCUGGGCCCUCCUUUAGCACGACCAGCUUGAGCCAGCAGCUCAGCGUCCACGACGACACUGUGGAAUUCCAGCUCGAUUUGACGAAGGCAACCCUUAGCAGCGACAAGAAUCCCUUUUUCCACAGCGCCGUUAGCGAUCCAGACUCGGACUCGGGGUCGUCGGGCGGCGGCGUUACAGUCACCUCAGAUAAUAAGGAGAACAAUGCCAUCAUGCUUGCUCAUGGAGUCAUCAUGGCGAUUGUCGUGGUGAUUCUCUACCCCUUUGGCUCCCUGCUCAUGCCCUUGCUUGGAAAGUGGCGCGUUCACGCCGCCUUCCAAAUGCUCGGCUUUAUACUCAUGUGGGCCGGUUUUGGACUUGGUGUCCGCUCCGCAUUGGUCGGCAAGAUGCUCUUUAAGCAAGGGCACACCAUCUUGGGCACUGUUGUCGUAUGUGCCUUCUUGCUCCAGCCAGUACUGGGCUAUCUGCACCACCGAUACUACGUCAACCACGAGUCGCGAGGUCUCGUCAGCUACGCCCACAUCUGGUUUGGCCGGGUGAUGAUGCUCCUCGGCGUCAUCAACGGUGGGCUCGGCUUGCAACUUGCAAGUUCCAGCAACACCUUCGUCAUUACGUACAGCGUCGUGGCGGCCGUCAUGUUCCUAUUCUAUAUCUUCAUCAAGAGCGCUCGGAAGGCCUUCUCGGCCGUCUCCAGACUAGCCACCCGCAAUGCGGUCCAGAUCCCGAUGAGAACAUUCAUCGCCCCGACAGUUUCGCGACGAGCCGACUUCGUCCAGGAGCUCUACCUCAAGGAGCUCAAGGCGCACAAGGCGGCGCCGAUCAAGGACUCGGACGCCAUCGGGCAGGUCGCGACCUUCAGCGAGCCCAAGACGCCCGCGUCGCCCGAGGAGGCGGACCUGGCCUCGAGCCUCAAGGAGUACGAGAGCAUGGCCGUCGAGGUCGAGGGCCAGGAGGGCGCCGACGCCGGAAAGCCCCCCGCCGCCGUCGAGGACUGGCUCGUCGACGAGGAGGAGGACGAGGUUGCCAAUAAGCACUAA